CAAGCACACCAAUUUCCCGCUCCUAGCUCAAGGUAGUUGGACUCUUUGUAAUGGUUCUUCCAGAUGUUGACCGUCGCUUCGUUUUCCUUUGGUCAUGUUCGGUUCCGAUGAGAAAAACUGAUUGGCUGAAAUAGCUGUGGCCCAAGCUAGGCAUCAAACAAGGGGAAAAAAAGUUGUCGAACUUAUUCCUCGAUUCCUAGCAAUUGGGGAAUCCUCCGCGCCUUCCUUCGAUCCUCUUAAUGCAGAGUGAGUGUUGAUUUUUUUGAUGAUUUUUCCGGUUGAAAGACAGUCCGGCGAUGAUUUCUCCAGUUGCCGCCCGCUACAGUUGUCGAUUGCCGUUCAUUCAGCGUUUGAUUUCUGUUUCUGAAGCUAACGAGUGCCCUCAAACUAUUUGGCAGGUCGGGUUAGCAUUCAGGUACAUAUUAUGUCUUUUAUCUUAGAUUUUCUCUCCUUUAUGGGGAUAAUUUGGACUUGGAUCUCAGAGCAUCUAGUGGCUAGUGGAAGAAUCAUAUAGGUUGGAGCAUUUUAAUUCGUGACAGAAUUUCCCGUCGUUGAAUAUUAUUUCUUUUUACUUAUUAUCUUAGAUUUUCUUUCCUUUAUGGGGAUAAUUUGGACUUGGAUCUCAGAGCAUCUAUUGGCUAGUGGAAGAAUCAUAUAGGUUGGAGCAUUUUAAUUCGUGACAGAGUUUCCCGUCGUUGAAUUGCGAAAAACAAAUCCUUAAAUUAUUUGGACAUCAUUUAAGGGCAUCUAGACGUGAAAGCAGUAAAAUAUGAAAAAUCAAGAAAUUAUUUUUAAUCCUGGCAUGUUGGAAAUGAAUCUAAGCUCACUUUGUGAUUAGCAACAGAACCCUAACCCGUAACAAUCUGAAUUAGGCCUCUCCUUGGUAUAUAGAAAUUUUUUUGAUUGGAUUAACAAUAAACUUUGAUUUUGAUUUCAUUUUGGUGUAAUCUAAGCCAUUGCUAGCUUGCUUUAUUUACACAUGAGAGAGAGACCCGUUGCUGCUCAAUCCAUAGAAUGACAUAAAAGAUAGUAUCGACAUCUGACUGGUUGCGAUAUAAAUGAAACUGUAUAAUUUCAUACGAGCAUAAGGUCAUACAUUAGAUUGAACAUUCAAUAUGUAUGAACAUAAACACCAUCAAUGUACUUGAUGAACAGAGAUCAACGAUAUGGAUCCCUACAUAUUAAAAUCAUGCAUCUUGUCAAAAUGCAUUCAUAUAGUAAACUGAUAUCUUAGUUUCCAAGUCUUGAAACAGUUGGGCCUCUUGGAAGAUCUGAACUGCUCAAAGCUGCAUAAGAUCAACGUUUUUGUGUAGCAUGCUGCUGCUGGUGCUAAAAUAUAGUUAAACGAUAGUAUAGUUAUUGGUUGUAUAGGAUAGGGAAUUGUCCUCAUGUCAGAACAUUUUAGAGGAACUGGGGUUCCCAUCUGCUUCUUUGUUAGGUUCAAAAAAUGAAUGAGAUUUGGGGGAUGAGGGGAUUGGUCUGCUAUUACACAGUUCUUCAAACGAAGACACCUUAUGGCUUGAGGAGAUAUACUCCUAUUCUUCUUAUACGUAUUAAAAUCUUCUUUAUAUUGGGCAAGGCCAAAGUUAUAAUAUUGUAGUUUAUUUAUUCUGUUUUGAUAUGCAAUCUGCAGUUAAGCACACCCCUACUAGAUUAUGCUAACAGAGGUAAUGUUGGCUUGGCUUAUUUAAUUGGUUUAUGGAUCUUUCAUCAUGCCAUCCGCUGGAAUAUCAAUAACCCAGGGGGGUGGGUUUGUGUGUGUAUAUGUGUCCACAAGAAACCAGUCGCUGAAUGUGGCAUCACGUGAAUACUGUCAUCGUCUUCCAGUAACCAUUUACUUUGCAGAUGUUACCCCCAAAUAGUCCUUUUUCCUUUGUAAAUUCUAAACAUGCUAUUUUUGUAAAGGUGGCGGCAGUUCACAACAAAGUAUAGUUUUUAGUUCCUCUAAUUGGUCACUCUCCUCACUACAAAUAACUGCUGGAUGCUGUGCUUGAGAUUUAUGACAAGUUUUUAGACUCUCUUAUUGGGGUUAAUUUCUAGAUUCUAUUAUUGGACCCUUUCUUGAUCGAAGCAAACACCGGUUGAGCAUAUACAGCCCACAGAUCAGUACCAACCAGAAAGGGUGCAAUAAGAUAAUGGUUAGAAAGCUAGGGAAAUUAUGGUUCUGCUGUGGAGGCUUACAAACAUUUCCAUUUGCUGUAGUUAAGUGGAGACGGGUCAUCCUUCAUCUCUUUCUUUUACUUUGCAUGCAUCUGAAACAACUUUGGUGAGAAAAACGAGCAUCAUGGCAGCAAACUUUGGGGAAAAUUUGGUUUUGAAAACCGACAAUGCAUUUAAUUUGUGCAGUCUCAUCCACCAUGUUUCUAUUUUCAUGCUGCUGUUACUCAGUUGAGAAAUUUUAAUUUGUAUGGACUUUAUGAGUUCCUUCUGAAUAUACAGAGAAACCAGAUGCUUCCAGAAAGGCCAAGCAAGUUUGUAUGAAGCUGCCUUUUACUAGCUGUGCAGGGCUCUUCAGGAUACCUCCAAGCUUGCAUGAUUCACAAACCAGAUUUAGCUCACAGUGUGUGGUUUCCAAUUUGCUAACCAGACUUGCAUUUGGUGAUCAAUAUUGUCGCUGCUACGGGUUUCAGGCCUUCAUGGAGGAGAAACCGUCUGUCUACGCCACCGGCGGUUUGCCUCCUCACUCGGGGCGUUUACCGCCCCAUCCUUCCCCGACGAACGCCCCGCUCACUGUCAAGCGUGAAGUGCCCCCGCUCUCUCCGUCUCGACCGGAUAUUCCUAUGUCGGAUUCUUCCCCCGCUAGUUCCCAUUUCAGUCAGGACAUCAGCCGCAUGCCAGAUUAUCCCCAGAGGAAACCGGGCCACCGUCGAGCUCACUCCGAGAUUGUCAGGUUGCCGGACGAUAUCAGCUUUGAUCAUGAACUCGGCUUUGUUGGCGGUGAUUGCCCAGCUUUGUCCGACGAGACGGAAGAAGAUCUUUUCUCUAUGUACAUGGAUAUGGAGAAGUUCACGUCUUCUUCCCCUAUGACCUCUGUCUCUGGUCUGGCGGCUGGAGAGUCGUCGUCUGCAUCACCAUCACAUAACGAGCCUGAUAGCGGCGGGAGCACGAGUGAGAGGCCGCGUAUCCGGCAUCAGCACAGCCAGUCGAUGGAUGGUUCUACUUCUAUUAAGCCAGAAAUGUUGGUUUCUCCGGAGCAGACUUUAGCAGAAACCAAGAAGGCAAUGUCUGCAGCUAAGCUGGCCGAUCUCGCUCUCAUUGAUCCAAAACGGGCAAAAAGAAUCUGGGCUAAUCGUCAGUCAGCUGCGAGGUCAAAAGAAAGAAAGAUGCGCUAUAUAGCAGAGCUUGAACGGAAAGUGCAGACCCUGCAAACAGAAGCGACAACAUUAUCUGCUCAGUUGACUAUGUUGCAGAGGGACACUAAUGGUUUGACAGCCGAAAAUAGUGAAUUGAAACUGCGGUUGCAGGCCAUGGAACAACAAGUUCAUCUACAAGAUGCACUGAAUGAUGCCUUGCGAGAGGAGGUCCAAAGGUUAAAAAUAGCGACUGGUCAAGUUAUUCCAAAUGCUGGGCAAGGGAUUAAUUUUGGAUCCUCAUUUAGUACCAAUCAACAAUUUUAUCAUAAUCCUUCUGCUCAUACCCUUCUGGCGACACACCAAUUUCAACAGCUCCAGAUCCAUUCUCAGCAACAGCCCCAGCAGCAACAACAGCAGCAGCAACAGCAACAGCAGCAGACAGCUGAUGUUAGGAGCAAAGGCGCAGGCCAGCCAUCUCCAAAUCAGAUAAAGUCAAGUUCCAACACAGCCGCUUCCGAAUGAGAAACUGAUGUUGAAGGUUGUUGGUUCGUCUUUUAUUAUGUGGUAGAUGCGGACUUGGUUGUUGUUUUAAUAGCGUUGUCUUUGUACUGCGGUAUCAAUUGUUUCACUAGUGUUUAUUAUUUAGACCAAUUGGUUCCUUUUCUGCUUUUA